CCCAGGCAUUUAGCUACUUUACUACGUACAUAAUUAUAUCACGCGCGUCAUAACACGUGACCUUCUCUCGCGCUUUACACUCUGACUGAACCUUUUUUGCACACGCCACUGAGGAAAACAAUUUGACCUGAAUCAUCAUGGGAUCACGAGGAAGAAGAAGGAGCGAUAGCGAAGAUGACAGGACCUUGUUUGCCAAGGGUCUUUGUUACAACACCACCGAGGAGACACUGAGGGAGACCUUUGGGGCUUUGUCUGCCAGGAUACCACUCAACAACCAGGGCAGAUCUAAAGGGUUUGCUUACAUCGAGUUUGAAGAUGAGGACAAGGCUGAGGAUGCUUUGAACAACCAUUCCGGCAUCGAGAUCGACGGCUGGACGCCCGCCCUUGACUACGUCGGACGCAAGAGGAAGAACUUUGAGGAGGCUGCAGAAGGUGGCGGUGGCGGCAGGAGGCGCGAUGGUGGAAGGCGUGACGGAGGAGGACGUGAUCGUGAUGGCGGUGGACGCGAUCGUGAUGGAGGUGGAAGGGGAGGUGGAGGUCGUCGCUAUGGAGGUAACUCCUAUGGGGGCCAAUCUGGCGGGCGAGAUUAUGACUCCAGGCCCCGGGGCGGUGGUCGAGGAUCAGCUCCACAAGAUAAUUCUGACAACAAGACGGUGUACGUGAAGAACAUUGGUCCUGACGCCGAUGAGAAUUCUCUCGUGUCACUCCUGGGAUGUUACUCCGUCAGGAUUCCAACAUUCAGGGACACUGGCGAUAUCAAGGGCUUUGCUUAUGCCGACUAUGAGGACCAUGAUUCGGCCCAGUCUGCUAUCGACAAUCUGAAUGGAGAGGAGGGAUUGUUCCUGGAGUUUGCAAGGGAGAGGGGAGGUGGACGUGCUGGUGGUGGACGUGGUGGUGCCGAUGGUGGAGGAGGCGGUAGGGAGCGCACAGAUAACUUGUCUGAGAAGACUCUGUACAUCAAGGGCAUCUCCAUCGAGACCGACGAGGACUCUCUGGCUGACCUACUCGGCUGCUCCGAGGUUAGGAUUCCACGAGACAGGGACACUGAUGAAAACAAGGGAUUUGCCUAUGCUGACUUCAAAGACAAGGCCUCUGCUCAGAAAGCCAUCGAGAAUCUGGACGGUUCAGACGGCUUGAUGCUGGAGUUUGCAAGGGAGAGGGGUGGUGGACGUGGCCGUCGUGGAGGCUACCGUGGACGUGGAGGCUACCGUGGUGGUCGUGGAGGCGGUGGAGGUGGAUACAAUGGCUACUGAGGGCGUGGCCAUUGGGUUACGGUGGACAUAACAACGCAGAUUAACAGAAAAGAGCAAUUCAUUUCACUGAAAACCAACACACAGACAGACGGACGGACAUAUAUACAUACACAACGCAGAAAUUGAAGCAUUAAAGUACGUGGCAACGAGUAAGCUAGGAGCCACAUGUAUAGUAAAGAACCGUGUGCCUGGUGAGUGAGCAAAAGAAGCAAAAAAUAGAGCGCCGAGCUCAGAAUUUUCUCCAUCGAAAUCGUUUGAAAUUUUUCGUGCAUUUGGGCAUUUUAGAGCCAGGCCCAGAUUUAAAAAUUUAUCGGAAUUCCCGCAAUGGGUUCCUGUUGGGGGCGUCGAAUUUAGUGCCUAUCGUCGUCGUGAGGGCAGAGAAAAGCAGCGAUCAUUAAAAGUAAAAGUAGAGGCUAUCGUUUAUAUGUGGCUAAUGGACCAAGCACAUUGCUUUGGUUCACAAAGAGUGCAGGAGACACUCAAAGAAAAAAAGGAAGAAAAACUAAACCAAGAAGUAUGAAGUUAAGCACCUAAAGUAUUGAAAUUAAACAGCACCUUCAUAAACGGGGAUGACCAGAGUUGAUCUAUUCACUCGGAUUGUAUGCAGUGUUCAAAUUUGGAGAUCUGUCACCUACUCUGUUUACCAUAACAGGAUUUCUUGCAUUUAAACUGCUUUCCAUGAUAUAGUUUUGAGAUUAUGUCAUUAGGUAUUACACGUUGAAUUUUAUUCGUAUACACACUUUAAAAAAGAACAUCAUGUAUUAUCAUUUUGAAAUGCAAUGCAAAUUAAAUUGCUCUAUUAAAUUUCUUGGAAACAACCUUAAUAAAUUGUAUGGGAACCCUUUUCUACUCGGAUUAACUAUUUGUUCAUAAUUGUCAAAAAUCAUGAUGUUGUACGUACAUGUUCUUCUUAACAAGUUAGAUUUCAUACUCGUGUAUUCAUAUGAUUCUAAAAUGGAAUCCAAUAUGAAGAAUAUGGGGGGGAACAAUAAAUCAGGAAAAAGUAAGAUGAGAAGUGUUACAAUAUUACAUGUUUAAAUACAAAAAAACGUAAGUACAUUUCGUUUUAAAAAGGGACGUUUUUCUUUUGAUGCUGGCGCUUUAGAGGUUAAUACAAAUCGUAUUCUUUUUCAAAGAAAAUAAAUUGGUUUCAGUUUUGGUUAAUUUUAGCCAUCUUUCUGAGCAACUUUUUGUCCAGUAUUUUGGAUAUUGAGGUUUUUAUUAUAUUUUGAUAUUUAUCCUUAAUUGUCUCUGAAAUCUAAGGUAUGAGUUUGUAAUGCUGCAUUGGUUUGGGGGUAUUGAUUUGGUUAAAUGCUACAUAGUACUUGUCAGUAUCUCGAGUGUAGAGGUGCUUUUGAUGUCUACCUGAUAAAUUUUUGGGACGUUAAACAUUUUUUUCUUCAAACGAGAAGCCAUAGACGUUUUAAUCAAGAGUUGAACGUUCAUUUACAUUUCUGAGGGAGAUGAUAUUAAUCUCCAAUUUAAAAUUGCGUACAAUAUUGUCUAUCAUGAAACGAGAAAUGCAGGGAAUCACACAAGUAAAAACAAACUUAUCGAAGAGUUGCAAAAAAAAACACACCCGCUCCUCCUCACGGGUGAAUAUGAGGAAGACAAACGGAAGGGUAACAGUUUUUUGAAAGUUGAACAUACAGAUGGAUGUGUUAUAAUGUUGGAGAUUUGAUUUUGCACCAGUCCAGUCCGCCCAUGUCAAACUAUGAAAUGUAAAUAUGUGAUGAUGAGUCUGUAAGAUGUAGUUUACAGUAAGUGUUUUCUUUCGCCUAAGAGUACUUUUUAGAUGAUGGUUUUCUGUUUUUUUGUUGUAGCAAAUACCGUAGGGAGCAUUUUAAACGCCGAGCUUUAAAUUAAAGGUACAUGUAGAAACAAAAUGAGUUCAGUCUGUAUGUAUAGACCUGCAGGCAUGCUGCUUCUGGCGUUCAAUUUUUCAAUUAAUCCACUUUACUUCUAGAUAUUUAGUAUACACACACAAUGUUGCGAUUAGGAAAAACAUGUUGAAUAAGUGGACAGAAUUCUUACUUAUUCACAAUGGACAUUCAUAUAAUUGUUUCAGUCUGUCAUGAACAUUUCAAUUAAUUUUGCAUACCACUCCCUUUUCACGAACCUAUGUAUGAUGGAAGGGAACGUACAGACAAAAUUUGAUGUGCUGAGUAGAAAUGUAAACGGACAACAUUCACCAAUGUAUUAGUGUUGACCUUCCACUUGCAUCUUAUCGAUAUAUAUAUGUAAAACAAUUGAAUUGCGUUGAUUUUUAAUAUUUCUAAUUAAUUUAUUCCUGUUUUUCAUUUUUAAUCGUGUGCAAGAAGUUUUAGUUGUAGAUUCAUAAUCUUUAAAGACAGUCUGGUACUUUUACCGUGUCAGUUUUCGAGUUGAGUAACGUACUUGCUACAUUUGUGUACAAUCAUGAACUUUGAAAUUGUUGUCAUUGAAUUCUUUAUUACAGUAUUUCGAGGCAAUUGUAUUAAAUUGAAGUAAUGUUUAA